AGGUGCGUGUGCGUAUCUUGCAGUCUUAUAUCAAUGACCUAAGUGAGCAAAAUGAGGUUCUCGUACAGACUGUCGAGGAACUUGAAAAAGAGGCUAACGAACGAGUCUGUCUUCUGGAGUCAAAACUGGCAAAAACAACUAAUGCUGUCAAGGAAUAUAUGUCAAAGGCUCGAGACUAUGAACGUGAGAUGAAAGCUUACGCCACAGACAAAGCCAGAGUUGAGAAUUCACUUAAAGAAUUAGAAUCGCAAUACCAGCGUAGCACGGCAGAUAACCAGGUGGUACGGGAUGAGAAUAUAGAUUUACGUCAUGAUAUCAACUCACUUAUUAACGUCAUUAGCUACGCACGCACUACUGGGAAGUGGGAUAUUGAUAACUUAGAACUAAGAUGUAUCACAUUUGAACAAGUGUUUGGGAGUUGGGAUGAAAUUGCCAAAACAAAAUCAUCAGAAGAUAUUCUAGAAGACCAUGUAGUUACACUAAAACAGCAUUUAAAAAGCCGCGAUGAUAUGAUUGAAAACUUGCAGAAAGAUUUACGGAAAGUUCGCAAUGAGCACCAGAGUGUACUAGAUGAGCUUGCUGGCAGAGACAUAGUGCUUGAAUCAGUGACGAGCACUUUACAUUCCAUACAUGGCAAAGAGCUGAACACUUCCGCGAAACUUUCUGAUAAAGAAUUUAAUAUUAUGAAGUUGAAGGGUGAAGUACAGCAACACCAACAGAAAGCUUCCGAUCUGCAAGUUGAGGUUAGAAGUCGUGACUCAAAAAUCUCACAACUUCAGACGGAGAUUACAGAAUUACAUAACGAGAUGACAAUGAAGGACACAGAGAUAAGCAACCACCUACAAUCAAUAAAACUCCUACAGGACAAACAAAGGAGUAGCAGUUUAGAGGUUGCAAGAUGUGGUGAUGCAUUACGUCAGUUGAAGGCAGAACUUGGAGCUUCUAAAGAUGAAAAUCACAAAACUUACAAUGAGGUGUCGCAUUAUGAACGCAGAAUCAGUCAGCUGGAACAAGAUCUCAGGGAAUCAAGGGAACAAAAAGAGAAAUGUUAUGAGGAGAUUGGUGCUCUCCAGACAAGGCUACGUGAGAGUCAGGUGUCAACUCAAGGUCACCAUGACGUUUUAAAGUCAGAGCUGGAACGUCGUGAUGAAACAAUACAGAAGUUACGACAGGAUGUUCUUAUAUUACAAGACAAACGUGACGCUUGCAUCGUAGAGGUUGAGCGCCACCAGACCAGCAUCCAUGGCUUAGAACAAGAACUGGAGUCUACGAGGAGACAACUUGCUGGUGCCAAAGAUGAGGUCAGUGCAUGUCAAGUGGAAAUCAAGAAACUUGAAGGAGAUUUACAGGGUGCUCGAUCCCAACAUGCAGAUGCAUUGUCUCAGGUAUCUUCCCUAACGAGUAAUCUCAAGAAAGCACAGACUUCUUCCAAGGAUACCAGAGAUAUCUUGACAGCAGAAGUGGCAGAGCGGCAUGAUGCAAUCAUGAAACUAAAAGCAGACGCCAAAAUCUUAGAGGAGAAACAUCGCGACACAUUAAACACUGUCAAUCAUCGCGGAGAAGUUAUUAAACAGUUACGAGAAGAAAUCAAACAGGCCAAUAACAGAACUAAGGAGUUGAUGGACGAAUUAAACCAGGCUCAGCGAGAGUGCCAAGAAUUCAAGACACGUCACGAGACAACCCUCCAAGAGAUUGACAGACUCCAGACGUACUUACAGGAGCAACAACUGACACAGGCCCAACAGGAUACACUCUUUAAGGGAGAACUCUCCGACAGGGAUGAUGUCCUUAGUAAGAUGAAGGGAGAUAUGAAUAUCCUUAAAGAAAGGCUGACUCAAGCGCAACAACAGUUGGUUAAUCGGGAUGAUCAGAUUUCCAGUCUCCAUGGUGACCUCAGAAAAAGCCAGGAUGUGAUGUCUGAGCGAGACCAGACUAUACAUAAACUAGAAAUGGAUAUCAAAGCAAUUAACGAAGAGAAGCGGAAAACUGGGGACAAUCUUUCACGUCGCGAAAUUACACUGAACCAGUUAGAGAAUGACCUCAAGGCAACUAGACAGCAAUACAAAGAGUCCGUGGAGGAGAAUGGGCGCUUAGAGGCAAGAAUACAGGCAUUCACUAUUAAUGCACAGAGUGAGCAGGAUGUCCUCUCAACAGAGGUUAAACAGCGAGAGGGCAUGGUCCAGAAACUAAAGAUGGAGGUCCUGUCUCUGCAGGAGAAGUGCAGUUCAUUUGAGGAACAGAAGACCCAAGAUGGGCGUAGUAUUGAACAACUAAGACAUCAGCAUAAAACUGCUUUGAAUGAUAUUGAAUCCAAAAAUGACAACAUCAGGAAACUUGAAACUGAUUUGGAAAACUUGAAAAGGAAGAUGAGCGAUCAGAAAGAUGAGAUAGGGAGACUCGAAGAGCAGAUUAGUACAGUGAACAUUCAGCUCAACUCUGCUCAAAAUGAGCAAGACAACCUCAAUUCCACAUUGGAACGUAAAGAAGAUGCUCUACGCCAGAUUCAAUCAGAUUCAGAAUCGCUGCAGAGGCAGCAUAAAGACACACUUAUGAAGGUUGCUCAACGCGAUGAUGCAAUAAACAAAUUAACUGCUGAAAUAAACAAGCUUAGAUCCAAAAACCAAGAGAAGUCCGGGGAGGUACAGAAGCAGUCAAGUACCAUACUGAGGCUGGAAGACGCUCUCACACAGUCACAAGUUUCGCUGGAUAAUGUGAGACGGAAAGCUGAAGAUGAUUUGUCUAGUAGGGAAGAAACAAUCAAGAACCUUCAGGAGGAUCUCCUUGAGGCCCAGUCACAAUAUUCAACUUGCUAUGACGAUUUAUUGAAGCAAGAAGACCUGGUUGAGAAGUUGAAGACGGAUAAUUCCCGGCUGAAUGACAUUUCAACGAGAAGUUCUAACAGAGUCGGGGAGCUUGAGGAAAUGUGCCACCAGUUAGAAUUAGACCUUACAAUAUCUCAGGAAAAACAUCGUACUUGCCAAUCAGAAGUGACCAAUAGAGAUCAGGUGAUCUUAAAGCUUCAAACAGAACUGGAUACAAUUCAGCAGAAAUACACAGGCUCAAUUGAAGAGUUAAAUAUCCGUGACGAUGAGGUUAAUAGACUCAAUAAUCGGGUUAGGGAGCUUCAAAGUUCAGUGAAACAACUAGAGGCUGAGCUUGAGUUGAGGGAAGACAAGAUUAAUGAGGAUGCUAAGAACCUACAGAUUCAGCAGCAUGACCACCAGAUCUCUUUACAAGAGGUGAAGAACCACUUAAAAACCAUCGACCAAUUGAAAGCUGAUCUCCAGCAAUUGAAGAGCUCUCACAAUGAGGAGGUACAAAGAUACCAACAGGAUGUGCAGAUCCUCCAGGCUGACCUCCACACUACGGGAGAGAGUCUAGAACAUUAUCGCAACCAGAACACGGAGUUGAAAACUCACGUUGAUAAUCUAUCUCAAGACCUGGAAGAAGCCACUAGCCUACAUUCUAAUACGAUGGAACAGACCCAAAAUUUCCAAUCAAAAGUGGAGAAGCAGGACAACACCAUUAAACACCAGGAGACACAGCUGAGUGAGUCAAGGUCACAAAUCAUUGUACUUGAAGAUGAAAUUUUACAAAAUAAAGAAACUGUUGAUAAAUUAGACAGUAAUUUGAACACUUAUAAAGAGAAAUGUAAUCAAUAUACGGAUGAGAUCAACCACUUGGAGGGAAGUAUAAGGACCUUGCAAGAGAAACUGGCUGACAGCAGGAACAAGGAAAUUGAGAAAGAUGAGUGCAUUGAUAAACAACGUAUCGAGAUAGAGAACCUAGAUCGUCAACUUACGGACAGGAAGGACAAAAUCUCACAUUGUGAAGACAUUAUAGAACAAUUAACGCAGGAAAUGAAUCAUACGCAAGAUGAACUAAAUGGUGCCAUGGAUAAGAUCAACUCUCUAGAAGAUGUCAUUACUUCAUUGAAGGAUCAGCUUAGGAAUGCACAUCAUGAGUGUCAGCAAAAUGAGGAGAGGUCUCGUAAACUGCAGGCAGACUACCAGACCUACCAAGACACCCAUCAAUAUUCCAACCAAGAGUUGAUCAGUCGUGAAGACAGAAUAGGUGCUCUUGAGUAUGAAUUAGAUGAAACUCGCAAUGAGGUAGAACAGAGAUCUCGGAAACAAGUAGAACUGACAGACCAUGCCAACCAACUUAAGGCCGACCUCUCACUAGUCAAAGAACAGAAAACUAUUGUAGAAAAAGAGGCCGCACGUCUCGAAUCAACCCUCCAGCAGUUACAAAUCAACUUAGCCUCCGCCCACCAACGGCAUAAGUCUGAGGUAACAAAACUAGAGGAGCAUGUUCACGCACUUGAAACUGAUCUCACAGAUGCGAGAAAACACCUUCAGAAUAUGGAGCAACAGUUACAACAACAGGGGGAUCAUUUAGCGCAAUCUGAGCAGGAACUUGGAAGGACGCGAGAUGAAUCCAGAUCGAGGCUGGAAGAGAUUGAGAAGCUUGAGAGUCAUUUGAGAGAGCUGAAGAAUACAGUGAGCAAUGAACAGAGAGCUGCUAGACAGGGACAAAAUCAGAUUCAAGAUCUUCAGUUGGAGGUUGAACAUUCUCGAACAGAUCUCACUGAGGCAAGAUCUCAAUAUAAAGACUGCGCACAAGAGUUGGCCCAUCAUGAAGAAAAAUUGAUGAUAAUGGAACAGAGUCUCGCAACCACACAAGACCAGCUGAGCCAAAGGGUAACGGAGGUUGUACGCCUCGAACAAACUGUACGCAAACACCAAACUGAAUUAAAAACUCUCCGAGAGCGCAGUAUGAGCUACGAAGAGGAAAUUGAAGAUCAGCGUAACUCUAUCGAGAAAUUACGUAAAGACGUCCUCGUCUGUAAAGAGGAGACCCAUAAUGCAAUACAGGAAGGGAUGACCUACAAAAAUCAGGCUCAUACGGCAGAGGUUGAGCUAGAAGGUCUCAAAGAUCAAGAGAAAAUGCUGACAGAACAGGUUGAACAGCAGGAAUCCGUGCUCACACAACUCCAGGCUGAGUUGAAUGCAGAGAGAUUGCGACAACAAGACACGUCGCGGCAGCUCCAACAAUACAAGAAUAUGACAUCAGAGCUUGAAGAUGAGGUUGAAAAAUACCAGAAGCAACACCGGGAGAAUGGAAAUAAGUUGAAGGACCGUGAGAAUCAUAUUGACCAAUUGCGUGAUGAGAUAGAUUCGCUGCAGGACAAGGCAAGGGGUCUGCGUGAAGAACUUGCUGAGAGAGAUGGGCAGCUACGUGUGGCUCGUAUGAACCUUACCACGUCACAGAAGCAGAAUCAGCACCACUCACAGGAGGUGGCUCGCUAUGAAGAAACUCUUGCUCAACUUUCAAUGGAGCUGGAGUCUUCCAAAGAACAGUACAGAACAACACAAAGUCAAAUGAUGGAAUCUGACCAAACUGUCCAAGAUUUACGUGUCCAGCUUACCACCGUGCAAGGAAACCACAAAGAGGCUAUGGAACAACUAAGCGACCAAUCAAAAACCAUCACCAAUCUGAAAACGGAACUCUCCCGCAGUCAACAACAGAGUGAGGGACUUGCGGAAGAACUGGCUCUCUAUGAAGAUAAGAUGAAGCGACUGAGACAAGAGCUGAAGAAAGUACAAGAACUUAACAGACAGUCUGAAGAUGAGUUAAACAACUAUGAAAGGAGACUAGAUGAGUUGAACAGAGAGGUGAACCACAGCCAUAGUAAAAGUCAGCAGAGCCUGCAAGAGAACUCUUUAAAAGAGGAGGAGAUUGUUGUCCUAAAGGUGGAGCUGUCAUCACUUCAAGAAAAAUAUAGGAAUAAACUCGAUGAGGUUGAAAGGCUUAAAAGUGAUAUGGAAAACAUGAAGAGAAAAUACAGUGACGCAAAUGAAGAAAUCUCAAAGUUGCGACGAUCCCUUGAUGAAUCCCGCACAAAUACUGAUAAACUACAGCACGAAAGUGAGGUUGUUGUUCAGAACGUGAAUACUUGGGUCACAGAGCAAAAACACGCUAAUGAGAAGUUGGGAAACAAAAUUAGGUCUCAAAGCAAAGCCUUGAAUGCAGUGACAGCAGAGAAAGAUCACUUGUCUAAGAGGGUUGCAGAGUUAGGUCAAGAAAAUGGUCGUCUCAAGCUAGAGCUUGAAGAGAAGAGACACGAUGGAGAUAGAUUCAAGGCCUUACAGGACCACUCUAGUCAUCAACAAGUAUUGCUUCAACAGCUGAGGGCACGUUUAGAAGAACAUGAGAAUGAUCAAGAUACUGAGAUCCAACAAAAGAUCAAUACGAUCGAAGAUCUUCACACGCGCCUGCGUCAAAACGUUGACAACGUUCAACAGCUGAAUCUUCAACUCUCAAACUUACAGCGUGAAAAUCUCAAAGUGCGAGCCGAUUUAGAACGGGAAAUAUCCUCAAGGCAGACCCUUCAGCUCCAGGUCGAGAGUAAGGAUCAAACAAUUCAGAAUUUGAAAGUUCAGAUGGAGGCUAGAUCUUCUCACCAGGGGGCAGCACAGAGUGUUCAUGAUUCUGCCUUUAAUGCAUCAGACUCUGCCUACCUAUCAAGCUUAGAUAGAGGCAAACUUAGCCAACAUUCUACAAAGCCCCAGAGCAAAAUAGCUUCAGACAGAACUAUGGACCAACUCAGUGGGGGCACAGAUCAACAGCCCCAUGAUCCAAAUAUAUGGAUGCAGCGUGUAGGAGAGUUAUCCCUGCAGCUUCAACAAAGCAAUGAACAUUGGUCCAAUAAAGUCAAUGAACUUUCCUCUCAGUUAGAGCGCAGUCGGUCAGGUUCUCCAGGUCCUAGGCAUUAAAGUCCCCUUAGAGGACAGAAAAUACGGGGGAAUCAUAUUUCUGCUGGAUUAUUCAAGUAGAACAAAAUUACAGGUGCUAUGUGUUAUAUGAAGUGUGUAUUAGAACCCAUGGAGGACCUUAAACACUAGCAGAUAAAGUGGACCCCAAACACUGGCUAAAUAGAUAGACUCUAGAAAUAGCGAUCUACAUGUACCGGAAAUACUGACCAAUUAAGUGGCCCCUCAACACUGGCAAACUAAUGACAUACUAAACAUUGGUCAACUGAAGGGACUUAAAUUAUUGGUUACUUAAGUGGAGCCUAAAUACUGGCCAACUAUGUGGACCCUAAACACUAUCAAAUUGUGUUGACUCUUAAAACUAGCCAUCCAAGUUGGCCUUAUUGCUGGACAAUCUAUUGGGAUUUGAACACUGGCCAACAGAGUGGACUUUAAUUACUGAUUUGUCUUAAGUGGACUCCUUACACUGUCCAGUUAGAGAGACCAACAUAUGAACCUGUAAACUUUGAACCGUAGUAGAGUGAGUUGGAUAUCUAAAUAUAUUAUUGUUCAUAAUAAGGAGGACUUUGAAUACUGGUGAUGUUUGUCCCAGAUUGAUGCAGACAUUAUAUACCAGACCCUGUGUUUGCUGGUUUAACACAGGAAUCACCAUCUGACUUCUGUAAAUGAGGAUCUUAAAUACUGGUGAAGGACUCAACUCAAAUGCUCAAUGUGAUGAUAACACUGACAAUCUUAUACCAGAAUCCUGCAUCAACAGCAGCUUAAACAUGUGACUUAAUUUGUAAAAUUUCAUCAGAAGAUCUAUAUUUCUACUUUUGUACUAGAUUAGGCGAGACUAAAGCUCAAAAGAUUAGAGUAGCUUAAUGAGUAAAAUACAAUAGAUUUAAAAUAGUUUAAUCAUCGAGGGUCAUUUCUGCAAGCAUUCUGUACUAAGGAUUACUAAGUACAUUAAUGUAACCAUGGAUAUUAUGAUGUCAUAGUUAAGGGACAGUGGACUUAAGUCUUAUGAAUGUUUACUGAAAUGGUUCCCAUAUUAUAUUUUCUUGCCAUAAUUGGAGAUUGAUUUUAGUAUGCCUGUAAACUUACAUUUAGUGAAAGAUAUUCACUGGGCCAUGCAUUAUUGUGUUGGAAAUAUUUACAUAUGUACCACUUUAAGGAGGUUGGAGUGGAAUGAAUUUGUGUUUGAUGUAAAAGGCGCAAGUAUUUAGUCAGCGUUUCAUUCUCUGCAGCCUACCUUAAGUUUGGGUUUUCAUAUUUCUCAACAUUUAAAUGGAACAUAUUGAUUUUUGUAAUUUUCAUAGACAGUCUGAUCUUUUCUCAAGGGACAGAAUGAAUUGAAGGAUUUCAUGUCCGCUUGUAUUUUAAUGAUUCAACGACCAUAUAAGGUAAUAAUACUAGCAAUUAAGUCUCAGUCCAUCAGAACUGCCUGUCAACAUAUCAUUUUAGUCAACUCAGGAUAUCACUAUUUCAUUUUAGUGAACUUAAUUUAUCACCAUUUAAGUUCAGUAAAAUUAUAUAUGGCAUGUAUCACCAUUUCAGUUUAGUGAACUUAAUACAUAUUGAUGCAUUGUGGGGGGCCAUUUUUAAUAGCUCAGAAUAUCAAAAGGGUAUUUUAAGAUUGAAGAAACAUAACAAAUGUACAAGUGGUUAUCUUGAAACUUUCUCAGCUGCCAAUGAUUUGAUUUGAUUUUAGUCAGUAUAAAUGUAAAUAAUUUUAACAUAUUUAAUUUAUUUAUUUUAAUUAUAUACUAACUUUUAGACUUUAGCAAUUAUAAUUAUGUUAUAAGAUGUAAAAUUUAUCUUGAAAAUUCAAUUCUUUAUUCCUCUUAUGUACUAUAUUUGUAUUUAAUACAUAUUCCCAGAUAUUGAAGAUCAUUUGUUUUUUAAUCUGAUGUCAUCAUUUUUCUCCUAUAUAUCUCCCAAAAAGAGAAGUAAAAUAUGGUAUAUUUUCACUUUAAAAAUACUCCGAGCAUAUUCA